GCGUAAAUAAAGUCAAACAGUCAAAAGCUUUGCAUCAUUGUCACAGCUCACAACGGUAAAAGGAAAAAGUUAACUCUCCAAAAUGAAGCUUCUAUUGUUCCUAGCCCUAAUGGCCACCUUGGCCACAGUGGCUUUAUCAAGCAAUGGUUAUUGGGGUCAUCGUGAAUCUGGAGAUACUCUCAUCUACAGCAAAGAUGUAAAGGUUUCGGCGAAAAAAGAUAAAAUAGCCACAAAAAAAGUCUCAUAUGAUCCCUUGUUUAGCAGACCUCGCAUCACGGCUGUAGUUGUCAAUGACAAUUUCAAGGAUAGUUUUGGAGCUGUAUCGACAGUGCUGCAGGGCGGUGUUGGCAAGAGAUAUAUCAAUAUCCUAUUGACUAGUCAGAGAUCCAAGGGCAUUGAUUCAACAGUCAAAAUUUAUGGGAAAAAAUAGUCAGUGGAAAUGAUACAAAAUUUUAACCAUCCGUUGCAACUUUUGUAAAUAACCAUUGAAAGAGUUACAUACAAUUCAUUGUGGGUGUUAUACAAACUAAUUAUUCUAAACUUGUGACUUUAAUGUUAAAUGCAAUAUAUAAUGAAAAUGAUCAUAAUAUUAUUAGUUGAAAUAUUAAAUAAAUAAAACGUAAGUCCAUUAUAAAUCUUAAUAUAUAAAAAUUAAA